GUUCGCCGAGUGCCACUUGGGCGAGUCCGCGGCGCAGCCUGGGCACCGGGGCUCUGCUGGUGGUCCGGCUGCGUCAUCAUCUUCAUCGGCGUCAUCAGGGCAGUGUGCCUGGUCUCUCUGGGCGGACCCCGGGCCAUCUGGAGACCCGUACACCUGGCCUAUACCUGCUGGGUGUUUUUUUGCUUGCGCGGCAUGCGGACCGGCUCCGGCCGGCCACAGGGACCGGCGGGACGGGGUGCUGCGGCUCCGUGACCGGGGCGGAGGAGGAGGACAUCCCGGUCUUCAAGAGGAGGCGGAGGUCCAGCUCCACGUCGGCCUCGGACAUGAUGGCUCACGGCAAGUCCCGCCGCAGGACUUCCCUGCCGUGCAUUCCGCGGGACCAGUCGUCGAGCAGCAGCGUGGUGGUGGACGUGGCGGCGAUGGGCGAGGCCCGCGGGCUGAUCUCAGACCUGCUGGCGGACCCGUCGCUGCCCCCCGACACCUGCAGCUCCCUGAAGGCCGUCAGCUGCCUCCUCAGCGCCACCGUCAGCCUCCAGCCGCUCCACCGGCUCCGCGGGGCCCGUCUGAGGCGGAGUCUUCCUCCAGGGCUGCUGAGGAGAAUCUCGUCCACCUGGACCACGACCACCUCGGCCACCGGGCUGCCGACCUUAGAGCCGGGCCCCGUGCGGCGGGACCGCUCAGCGAGCAUCAGACACGCCGCGGACAGUGACUCGUGGAACAACUCGGUGAUGAUGACCAUCUCCAAGAAUCGCUCCAUGUCGGCCUCCGUCAUCACCUCCAACCACCUGUACAGCAAACCACUGGGACAACCAGCAGCCCCGCCCCCCUCCGGCGCGUCACCUCUGGGCUCUCCGUGCCGGUCUCCUCCCGCUCAGGCCACGCCCCUCUUAAGCCCCGCCCUCAAAACAUGUCCGACGCAGCAGCAGCAGCUCCUCCCUGAGCCGUCCGGGCCCCCGACGGAGCGAACCCCCGCGGUGGCCCGCAGGAGCCGCCACAGAGCCUUAACGCACAGCCAGAGCGCCCCCAGCUCCACCGCCCCUUACUGGAGGCCUCCGUCACUCUGCGGCAGCUGCGGCCGGCCGUUCAACAGUCGACUGAACCACCUCGACAAAGAGGACCGAACCCCCCAUCCAGACGAGCGCGCCGUAGCGUCCUCGGACUACGACAGCACCUACGACAGCACCUACGAGACCAACCACAGCGACAGCAGCGACUUUGCACAGAAUGAAGAAGAGGGCGAUGGAGGAGGAGGCAAGAAGCCGACCGGAGCGAGGGAAGGAUGCAGGGAGUAUCCGGCGGAGGACGUCGUUCUUCGCCCACUGCUGCCGUCACCAGAGGACAAACGCAUCUCGUCCGCGGCGACGACGACGACGCUGGAGCCGCUGACGAGUCAACUUGACAACUGGAACUUUCCCAUCUUCAGUCUGGUGGAGAAGACUCACGGCAAGACGGGCUGCAUCCUCAGUCAGGUUUCCUACAAGCUCUUUGAGGACACGGGUCUUUUUGAGACCUUCAGAAUUCCUGUAAAAGAGUUCAUGAACUACUUCCACGCGUUGGAGAACGGAUACAGAGUCAUUCCUUAUCACAACCGGAUCCACGCCACCGACGUGCUCCAUGCGGUCUGGUACCUCACCACUCAGCCGGUACCGGGCCUCCCUGUUGUGCUCACUGAGAACGGCUUACACACCGACUCUGAGAACGGCGGCGGUCCCGGUGCGGCGGGCUUCCUGGUGUCCAAGAUGAACUCUGUGCUGGACGACGGCUACGGCUCCCUGGCCGGCCUCAUCCCGGGCCUGGAGCUCAUGGCGCUGUACGUAGCGGCCGCCAUGCACGACUACGACCACCCCGGAAGAACCAACGCCUUUCUAGUAGCUACUAGUGCACCACAGGCUCUUCUGUACAACGACCGCUCGGUGUUGGAGAACCACCACGCGGCGGCGGCGUGGAACCUCUUCAUGUCUCGGCCCGAGUACAACUUCCUGGCCAACCUCGACCACGUGGAGUUCAAGCGCUUCCGCUUCUUGGUCAUCGAAGCCAUUCUGGCCACCGACCUCAAAAAGCACUUUGACUUCCUCGCAGAGUUUAACGCAAAGGUGGGCGACGAAGGCGUGUCCGGUAUCGAUUGGACCAAUGAAAACGACCGGCUGCUGGUGUGCCAGAUGUGCAUCAAGCUGGCCGACGUCAACGGGCCGCUGAAGUGCAAGGAGCUGCACCUGCAGUGGACGGAGGGCAUCGUCAACGAGUUCUACGAGCAGGGUGACGAAGAGGCGGGCCUGGGCCUCCCCGUCAGCCCCUUCAUGGACCGCUCGGCGCCGCAGCUCGCCAAGCUGCAGGAGUCGUUCAUCGCCCACAUCGUGGCGCCGCUGUGCUCGUCCUACGACGCCGCCGCGCUCAUGCCGGGACGCUGGGUGGAGCCGGCCGACGGGGAGGCGGAGCCAGAGGAGGAUACGGCGGAUGAAGACGCCUCCCAGCGGAGAGGAACCGGGAAGCGGAGCGGGAGGAAAGUGUUCUGCCAGAUAACACGUCACAUUGUGGAAAACCACGACAUGUGGAAACGGGCCAUCGCGGCGGAGGAAGAGGCCGAGAGAGGCGACGCCAUUCGUGAGGAAGAGGCGGAGCCAGCAAGCAAAGGGGAGGAGUCUAUCGACGGCCGCCUCGACGACAGGGAAGAGGUGCCGACUGUAGAGGAAGAAGAACACCUUCAGUCUGGGGGGAAAGAGGAGGAGCCAGAGUCAUACGAUGACCUUUGACCUCUUUAUAACCGGGAUUCUUGAACGUUACCUACAUUUUUUUCUUUUUCCUCACUAAGCUCUUGAUAUUUGGUAGCAGCACAACACUGUAGAAGAGACUGUUUGGGGUGUAAUAUGUGCCUCACAACAACACUGAGGAUGGGGAUGACGCAUGCCCAGGAGAGAGAGAGAGAGAGCGAUAGUCAGAGAGAGAGAGAGCGAGAGAUGCCCUUACCCAUCAUGCACUGCAGGCCAUCCAUGCCGAUUCACCAGAUUCUCUCCACCAGUGAGUAAUACACUGCCCCCCCCCCCCCCCCCCCCCUGUGUAACGAGUCCGUUCUCCUGAAGACAAUGGGAUGAAAGUCCGUUGUGUAUACACACACACACACGCACAUGCAACGUUAACAUACAAAAACAUGUCACAACAUGUCGUUUUGUAAUCUUAUUCCAGCUUCUCCAGAACUCAGGAAGCCAGACGAGAUAAAAUGAAACCAAACAAUCAAGGAAAUCGUUUGUUUUCCGUCUCUUUGUUCUUGCCGACCUCUUCAGGGUUUUUCUGUAUCGGGCGUUUGCGGCGAUAUUACAUUUUGUACCUAUUUCUUUCCAAAAUCUUCAAAGGACGCACAAGAGAAACAAGAUUAUUGAUCACAUCACACACUGCAGGACGGCGUCGGCCUCCCAUGGGGCGCUCACCACGCUGGCCAUCACAUUCAGAUUUAGGCUAAUAAGGUAAUAAGGUUUUAAAAAGGUAUUCUUCUCAGAAAAUAUCAUGUGUCCUCAUUGUUAUGACGCUCCCCAACUUGUGCGUUCUUACUUUUACAGUCGUGUUCUCGAUAAUUCUUUCUUCUUUGCAAUAUCAUGUAUAGUCAACCUCAAGUUCCCAUCGUGGUCGACGCCUCCAAAGAGGAUUUCUUUCUGUAAUCAGUGUGUUUCUUCUGAGUAAAAUCAAAGAAAGAGCUUUUUUAUUUUUUUCAAAGCGAGAAUGAGAAUAAUUUUGCUCGGAAACCGAGAAAAAAAAAAAGCAAACGGCAUAUCUUAUCACGUGAAUUAUACAUUUGGAUUGAUAUAUUUUAAAUGUCUUCCACCAGCCUUGCGUUGGCUCGCCGCUGUGGGUCUCCCUGUGGAGGUGAUCUGGAGACACCGGCUGACACUCGUGGGUCACGUGACUCAUCGCCCGGGCUCUGUUUUCUUUUUUAAGCUUAUAAUAAUAAAAAAGAAGCUCUGCAAGCUUCUCGCCACCUGUAAACAAACAUAACUUUCACUUCCUCUAUUUUAUAUUUGAUCAGAGGAUUCAAAGCCCCCCACACACACACACACCUCCCCCUGCCUCACUGCCGUCAAAAGAGACGACAUCGAAAGCUGUGAUAGCAUUUUAUUUAUUUAUUUUUUGCUCUUUUCUUUUUUUUUUGAAGGAGUGAUCCUCUUGUUGUCUCCUUCAAUCUUUGAAAAGCAGGAAAUGAAAUGACUAUAUUACUGAUUUCGCCGCAAAUGUAUACGUAACAUAUUUAUAUUUUCUCAGUGUUUUUCCCCGGGCCGGACACUCGUUGGUUCAUUUAUUUCUCCUCGGUUUAUAAAAACCUUCAGAGCAACGACAACGCGACUUUAAAGAAAUUAACCGAAACCGAUUGGAUGUCUAAAUAAUCCCAAUUUGAAGAAUUCUUUUGACACAGCAGCGUUCCCAUAAAGUUUAAUUGAUUUAGUCAAACACGAUUGUGUUUUUCUGAAAUUUAUUUUGACUCUCCCCUCUCUUCAGUACUUGAUAAUAUUAACGACUUUUUUGUCUUUCUUUUUUUAUCUGAGUUGUCAUGGCAACGUGGGACGGCGGUGUGUAGCAGACGGUCACGAGUUAUUCAGAAAUCUCGUUUUUUGCUAUUUUUUGUGUGUAAAAAAAAGAAAAAGCACGGCAGCCAGAAAGCAACAAAACACACGCGGGCAAAAGAUAUUAUUAGUUUAAAAAGGAUAUUAUUUAUCAAAUCCUGUCGGUGGUUUAUUUAGACGAAGAAGAAGAGGAUUACUGCACACGAAAGAAUCUAGGAAAGGGAUUUUCGCUGAGCCCUCUUCGUUGAACUCUUCAUCUUCUUCUUCGUUGAACAAAAAAAUAAGAAGCUCGUCUGAAGAAGUUUUUAUAAUUAAAGCAACAGAAAUAUUCAUCCAACUCGCUCUGUCACUUCAGUUCUCACUGAAGCCCUCGUAGCUCUCCCCCUCUUUCUCUCCCCCUUCCCUCUCUCCUUUCCCACUCUAGUUCUCUCUCCCUUACCGUCUCUCUCUCUCCCUUCCCUCUCUAUCCUUUCCCCCUCCUCUCUCCCCUUCCUCCUUUCCCUCACUCUCUCCCUUACACUCUCUCCCCUUCCAUCAGUCUUCCUCUUUAUCCUUUUCCCUCUCCCUUAACCGCUCUCUCUCCCCUUUCCCUCUCUCUCCUUUCCCACUAUAGCUCUCUCCCCUUCCUCUUUUCCCUCUCUCUCUCCUUUCCCACUCUAGCUCUCUCUCCUUCCUCCUUUCCCUUGCUCUCUCCCUUACACUCUCUCCCUCUCUCUAUCCUUUCCCCCUUUCCCUCUCUCUCUCCUUCCUCCUUUCCCUCGCUCUCUCCCUUACACUCUCCCUCUCUCUAUCCUUUCCCCCUUUCCCUCUCUCUCUCCUUUCCCACUCUAGCUCUCUCUCCUUCCUCCUUUCCCUCGCUCUCUCCCUUACACUCUCUCCCUCUCUCUAUCCUUUCCCCCUUUCCCUCUCUCUCUCCUUUCCCACUCUAGCUCUCUCCUUCCUCCUUUCCCUCGCUCUCUCCCCUUCCUCCUUCCCUCUCUCUCUCCUUUCCCACUCUAGCUCUCUCUCCUUCCUCCUUUCCCUCGCUCUCUCUCUCUCUAUCCUUUCCCCCUCUCUCUCCCUCUCCUUUUCCUUCUCUCACACCCUUAUCUUUCCCCCUUCCCCCUCUCUCUCCUUUCCCCUUCUCUCUCCCUUAACUCUUCUUUCCCUCUCUUCCCCUUCUCUCUCUCCCUCCAGUUUCUUGCCCUUCACACAUGUAGCACCACAGGACGGGGGAUCGUGGGACGCACCAGUAUUUCUUUUUAAGUGGAAUAUCACAUUUUGUUUGACGUUGUAUAUAAAUAUAUGCUGUACAGAUUAAAAACAAAUUAUAUUAUGACAACAAAAACUUCUAGAAAAAUAUUUAUUUUUACUGUUUUUUGUAAUGUAGACACGACUGUAGCUCCUGUUGCCAGACUUCCUGGAAGUGCCUCUGAUGUAUUCAAGUGUACGAUCUAUAUUGGGAUUAUUAUAAACCGAGAUGUGAGAAUAUUGUUGAAUAAUAAGAUUUAUAAAUGCUG